AUGGCUCAGCUCGAAUUUAGCAUCCCCUCCACCAUACCGGAGCCGUUCUCGCCAAACUAUCUCUUCGCAAAAGACGAGAUCCCCGAGUUCCUCAUACCAAAAUUGGUGCACAGUUUUGUCAACACCAAAUCCGCGAACAGCCUCACGACUUCUCGACUCGAUACCUAUGCCACUCUCACCAACUUCACAGAGGAGAGUGGUAGUGUCACCCUUGACUAUGGCGUCGCCGUGGCCGGCAUCCCAGUGCUACAUAUCCACGGACUUGACACGCCUUCCAACAAGGCGUUGAUUGACUUCACGGUUUCCGAAGGCUACCCAGGGAUCACAAAGAGCGAAGGCGAUGGGCCAUACCCUUUCUCAGCCGGUGCCGAUACCUCCCGCCGUGUCCGCUUUCGAGUAAGCGGCCCGGGCUUCUACGAGGCCAAGUGUGUGCAAGGAAGCCAGCGCUGGCUCAAGGUCUCUCUCAUCACGAAGAGCCCAUGCUCCGUACGCAUCUCUCUGGUAGGCUUCGUGCCAACAACCUCGAAUAUUCCAGUUGAUAAGCUUCCGGGAUACUUUCAAUGCUCUGACGAGACUCUGUCAGAGCUCUGGGGAUAUGGAGCGAGGACGUUGCAGCUGAACUGCGUACCGGCUCGCUCUAUACCUUCCCCAUGGCAGGUAUCGGAAGACAUGGGUGUCUUGGUAGACUCUCAAAGAUGCAAUGCUUAUGGGUGGGGACAUUUGUGGACGGACUACAACUUGGAGUUUGAUGGCAUGAUCCUUGAGGGAGGUCUGGCGUGGAUGGUUCGCGUGUCUCCUGGCAUGCCGGGAAUGCUCUUCCAGCUCAAUGUCGAAAAUGGCAAAGCAGUCAUUGAACAGUGGUUCGGCUACUACAAUAAGCCCCAGACAACUUUGGUUCCAAAGCUCAUUGCCUCAGUUGAGAUCCCUGAGCCCAAGAUAUCUGAAGGCGAAUGGUUGCGCAUUAGGACGAGUUGCAUCGGCGAGGCCCCUGUCUCUAUCAGCAUCGACAACACCCAAGUUGCAACUUUCAAGCAAGGCGGUCUAAAAGUCGACGAUGCUUUGGUCAAGUUCUGCUGGGACAAGCUGAAAAGCUGCAUCGCCUAUGUUUCAGCACGAGUAAACAAGGACGGUCUUGUCUGCGCUGAAGGCUUCGACGGGGGAGACUACGAUUACUACAAUGGACUCCAAACAGGCAUAUCCACAAAGCGCAAUGCCCUGUUCAUUGCGUCCCUCAAAGCCUGCGCACAUAUUGCCUUUUGCCCAGGCAUCUCCGACAAAGCGGCAGCAGAAGCCUACGCAAUGUCGGCCAUAAGCAUGGUGGACGCAGUUCGUAAGCACUGCUUCAACGCAAACUCGGGACACUACAAUAUCACAGACACUCGCACCGAAGGCUUCCAGCAAGAAAUGCACGCCUGGCUUAUUCUAAAACACAUAUGCAAAGAAGAGCAGAUGCCUAGCCUGCUCGACAAGUUCGGUUCACUCGUCUUGCCCUCUACCAUCAAUGAGGCCCCUUUAUCCUUUAGCCCAGACACCCCCGGUCCACCGCCCGUCAUCUCACCCAUAAUGUCCGCCUUCCACAUUCAAGCUGCGCUUCAAGCAGGUCGACCAGCCGAAGGCGAGCGCGUACUUCGUAGUGUUUUUGGCCCCAUGGCAGACAAAUCAAGCGAACACUUCACCGGCACGACCUGGGAGUUUCUCAACCCCGACGGCACGCCUUUCAAAGGCGACUUUUGCUCAUACGCGCAGCUCUUUGGCGCCGGGCCGACCUCGAUACCGUCGCAGUAUGCCCUGGGCGUCGAGCCUCUUGCCCCUGGGUUCAAGGAGUUCAGGAUCUGGCCGAGGUUUGAUGUAAAUGGGCUGAAAUGGGCGCAAGGGAGAGUACCGACGCCUGUUGGGGAUGGAAUCGUUGUGAAGUGGCAAGUGUUCAAGGCUGGGUGGUUGCUGGAGGCCUGGGCGCCGCUUGGUCUUGAUGGCAAAGUGAGAAUUCCCAGUCAGGUCUGGGAGAGGAAACAGAGUAUUUCUGUUGACGGCAAACAGGCAGGGGUCGAACUUGAGGUGCCUUUCACGAAGCACAUCAAGGUUGCUGUCACAUUUAGAUAA